UCUAUCUAUGUAUCUAUGUGAGUAGUACGGGUAUAUAAUAAGUCAGAUACUUCGAAAACCAUUCAAGUCGCAACAGAAGGAAGCUCUCGCUUUACUUACUUUGCAACCCAAAGCUUCUUCCUUCUUUCUUUUCUUUCUUUCUUUCAAUCGGUGGAAGGAGCGUUACAUGCAUAAACCAACCCUCUCUCUAUCUCUCUCCCUCACUCGCCCGCCGCCAUAUUCAUAUAUCCAUCUUCUAUAUCCAUAUAACUAAAGUGAGUGCAAAGAAAGAAUAUAUAUUGAGGUUGGAAGAAAGAGUUUAACCAAGAAAAAAAAAAAAACAGGGGAAUUAAGAUGGCGGCAAAGACGGGGUCUAGUCAGUUCAUGACUAAUGCGCCGCUAAUCGAUACUUCUUCUGAUGCUACUAAUCAGAUUGUUGUUCCUGAUAAGACUAGUUGGAAAAACUUAUUUGCGUACAUGGGUCCAGGCUUUCUUGUAUCCAUCGCGUACAUUGAUCCGGGAAACUUUGAAACUGAUUUACAAUCAGGAGCGCAGUACAAGUAUGAGUUACUUUGGAUCAUACUGGUGGCCUCAGCUGCUGCUCUUGUGAUCCAAUCCUUGGCGGCAAACCUGGGGGUUGUUACAGGAAAGCAUUUGGCUGAGCAUUGCAAAAACGAGUAUGAGAAGGCGACCAAUUUCAUUUUGUGGAUUCUCGCUGAAAUAUCCAUAGUUGCGUGUGACAUUCCUGAAGUAAUUGGCACAGCAUUUGCACUAAAUAUGCUCUUCAGUAUUCCAGUAUGGAUAGGUGUGCUGCUCACUGGUUUUAGUACUUUGAUUCUACUGGCACUACAACAAUAUGGGGUGAGGAAACUUGAGUUCUUGAUUGCUUUCUUGGUACUGACUAUAGCUGUAUGCUUUCUUAUUGAGCUGGGAAUUUCCAAACCAGAUGCUUCAGAAGUGCUAUAUGGGUUGUUUGUCCCCCAGCUCAAAGGCAGUGGUUCAACUGGCCUUGCAAUUUCACUGCUUGGUGCAAUGGUCAUGCCGCACAAUCUUUUCCUGCACUCAGCUCUCGUGCUAUCUAGGAAAGUGCCAAGAUCAGUUAGUGGAAUUAAAGAAGCUUGCAGAUUUUACUUGGUAGAAAGUGGCCUAGCACUUGCAGUGGCGUUCCUUAUUAACAUUUCAGUUAUAUCAUUAAGUGGUUCAGUUUGCAAUUCUUCGAAUUUGAACCCAGAUGAUCAGAAGAGCUGUGAAGACUUGGACUUAAAUAAAGCAUCCUUUUUGCUUAAAAAUGUGCUAGGUAAGUGGAGCUCCAAGGUAUUCGCAAUUGCUUUGCUGGCAUCUGGUCAGAGUUCCACAAUUACUGGAACAUAUGCUGGCCAAUAUGUUAUGCAGGGGUUUCUAGACCUACGUAUGAAACCAUGGCUCCGUAACUUUUUAACCCGGUGUUUAGCUAUAGUUCCUAGUCUAAUUGUUGCUCUCAUAGGAGGCUCUGCCGGAGCUGGAAAGUUAAUUAUUAUAGCUUCGAUGAUAUUGUCAUUUGAGCUACCUUUUGCUCUCAUCCCACUUCUCAAAUUCACAAGCAGCGAGACCAAGAUGGGAGGAUAUGCCAACUCAAAGAUUAUCUCGGCAAUCACUUGGAUCAUUGGUUCCUUAAUUAUGGGCAUAAACAUUUACUUUCUGGUUGAUCAUCUCAUAUCAGUGCUUGUUCAUGGCCAUUUGCCACUGGUGGGAAAGAUAUUUUGCGGAGUGUUGGGAUUUUCAGGUAUGUUGAUUUAUUUGGCUGGAAUUGGAUAUCUGGUGAUACGUAAAAACAAGGAGUCAUCACACCUUCUGGCACUCACGGCUCCUGAAAGCCGGGAGAUGGAGAGGAAUGCUUCUGGAUAUGAUGGCCAGCCAAGACAUGACAUAAUUAGCAUGCAACUUCCUCAAAGGCCAACCACAGAUGAUGCAAAUUGAGUUGUAGAGCCUAUUUAGAAUUGACCGAUAGAGGUAAUGUAACAUGCUCCAACUUCACAACAUAAAUAAUGAUAUCAUUCACAAAUGAUGCAUAUCUUUAUAUCUAUAAUAUAAUUGGAAUUAGAAUUUCCAGCAUCCGGCAAGUUCUUAUAUGUUAUGAAAAAUCAGAUGUCUCAUCUAUGGUUGGCUAUAUACGAAAAUUGGGUGAGAA